AAUUUGUUGAUGUAGUUACUGUCCUUCGCAACACAAUCAGUUUAACAAUAUGAAUACGCACAAACUGUCAUUAACCUUAUUGUCCUUUAUAUGAAGUGUAUGAGCAGGAGUUCCGAGGAGCUAAUCUCCGCUCACCUGAAUGCGCAGUCCGUACACUGCGCAACUCUGAUCAGACGAGCCGCGAGUUGCUAUAAGUGCGGGGGCUGAAAACUUGCUGUAAUACAAGAUCAUCAUCAUCAACCACAUGAAAUCAACAAUCCGGCAGCCUCCGGUUCUUGUCUUGCAGAUAUGCAGGAAGAUUUCAACGGAGCCUGCUUUCGAUCUUCAGAUAGCAUUAGACAUAAUCGAAUAGCGUGUCAAUGGACGAAGUGAAAAAAACCUACUACAUCGUGUUGUGUCUCACCGGGAUACCAGCCAACAUCUUUGCUGCUUUUGUCAUUCUUACACGGCCCUGCCAACUUAGUAAGACCACCACCAUCUAUCUGGUGGCACUGGCUUGCUCAGACACCUUCUGCCUAGUGUGGGCCGGAUUUUAUAACCUCAGCCAGCUCUUCUCGGAUACAGAAUCCUUUUGGGACACCGAACCUGUUAUUUGCUUGUCCAUCGUGAUUGAAUAUGGAGCUGUCCUGAGUUCAGUUUGGAUUAUUGUAGCAUUUACUGUGGAGCGCUAUGUGUUUCUUUUUAAGAAGACAUUUAAGCGAAGUCUUUCUCAUCCUCAGGUGGCCAUAGGCAUGGUUGUUGGACUUGUCCUUUUCUCCUAUGCUGUGUCUACCUCUUCCUGUUUGAUCCAUCAUUUCACUUUGAACGACUCCAGUUCCAAAAUCCAGUCGUCCACCAGCACGGACGAGUGCUCUGUAUAUAGUAGACCACUGUUGUGGGUUCAUUUCUUUAUCACAGGAGGUGCGCCUUACUUCCUCAUCAUUGUCUUCAACGUUCUCAUUGUGUACAAUCUGAGGAUGCACACUAAAGUCCAGCCUCCUGGAGGAGGAGGCUCAGCAGCCAUGAACCGAACCCGAAAUCAUGUCAGGAGAUUAGCACGCCUUCUCCUCACCAUCUCCCUCACCACAGUAGCCUUGGGCUUGCCACGCUUCAUCGCUUGUUCCUUUGAGGAGACUGCCGCUGUAAUCAUCAACCUUUGCAUCAUGCUGCAGUGGCUCAACUCUGCCAUUAACUUCUGCCUGUUCUGCCUGGCUUGUACUGCCUUCCGCAAAGAGUGCCUGCUGUUGUUUCGAGCUUGUGCUGCACGGCUGAAACCAAGCCAUGGCUCUCCUGCAGUGGGAUACACAAACGGUGGAAACAAACCCUGUCAAAGUGGUGUCAGUGGGGAAAAGCAUGAGAAGAAUCUGCCUCUUCCAAUGCUGACUCUGACCAGCAGCACGAACACCACAGGAGCUGGUGAAAUGGACAGCAAAGCAAACUAAGAGCAGAGGGACAGGAGAUGAACAUUUUGUAAUACAUUGUCAUGUGAUUUUUGAAAGCUAACUUCUCCUUUUUUUAAUCUGAUAAAUGGUAUCCAGCAUAAAACUUCUGGUCUUCUAUUCAGAAAGAUAGCGGUAAGAGACAACUCGAUUAAUAGUGUCUUCAUAAAGAAACAGCUACACUUUAAUUACCUAAUUCUAGCAGCGUAGCCUCACAGAUGUCUUGCUCCAUGCCUGGGUGUUGUCUCUAUGGGGUUUGCCCAAUCUCACCAUGUGAGUUUUUCUAAAGGACGCUCUGGUUUUCCUCCCACCUUCCCAUAAAGGUCUGGUUAUUAGGUGUGAACAUAUUUAGAUGUGCAUGUGAAAGGGGUCUCAUCUAAGGCUGGUUCAUGGCCUUACAGCCCAUGCUUAGGUGUGUUCCAGCCCCUACAGCUGGAUUAAGUGAGACAUCAGAAUGUUAUUUUGGAUAGGUUAACUAAUUAUUUGAUUCUGUUCGUAGACUUUAGUUCAGCAUUCAACAUCAUCAUCCCUCAGAAGCUCAGAAGGCAGUGGAGUCUCAACUCAACUCAACUCAACUUUAUUGUCAUUCAACCACAUACAUAGAAUAUGGUUGAGCAAAAUUUCAUUCCUUAUGGUCCCAGGUGCAUAACCAAAUCAACAUACGUUUUAACAUACACUAUUACAUUAACAAAACCAGUGUUACAAUACAAAGUAAGCAAAACAAAAAAACUCAAGGCUAUAAAGUUCAAACAAAGCUCAAUGUCUAUUGUAAAAUGCAGAAUGUACAUGCUAUAGGGAUAUGGUGUUGGGUGAUGUGUAAGAGUUCAGAAGUCUGACACUCUGGGGAAAUAAACCGUUAUGAAGCUUG